GGGAGUGAGUUGGCGUUGUUCCCCCAAAGUGGCGUAGGGAAUUACUUGGCGUGGCGAAAGAAAGAUGUCGAAGUAAGGUGGUGCCUGCAAAGUGCAGAGAGUCGAAGCACAAGUGUACUGUAACCGUAGACGAUGUGAACCAACCUCUCUCUUCACUGAUUACCACGUGGAACUUUCAAACGCUUCCUCAUAAUUCACGAACUACACCCAUGAAUGAAAGAAACAUCAUUGAACAACAACAUUAACAUCAACAAACAAAACUCAUCUUCCUCUUUCAUCUCUCUCUCUCUCUCAACCCCUUUUAAGUUUUCUUCUCAGACCCUCUCUCUCAGAUUCUUCAAUUUUGUUUACUUUUUUUUUUUCCAUUCACUUCUUUCUUUAAAACCACCUUCAUAACAAAAAUUAGAGAAACCUUCCAGGAGUUGUUCUGUUGAAGGAUUCCCUCUUUCUCAUUGGUUUCAAUGGAGAGGUGUUACAAUGAGAAAGAGUACAAGUCCAACAAAACAGACCUUACUCUAAAGCUUCCACCUUGUGGUGAGAAUGUAGCAGAAGAGAGGGGGUUGAGAAGGUCAUCAUCAUCAUCAUUAGUAGUUGGUGUUGCAAAUGCGGCCCAGUGGGGUCCAUCUCUUGGCAGAUCUUGCUCACUGCCAACAGAGAGGCAGAGGAGGAGGGUGGCUGCACUUUCACCUCAAGUGCUUGCUUGGGUGGCUGCUUCUUCUGCCGUCAAUGUCAACAACACACCAUCUUCACUUCUCAAACCGAAGGCACUCCCAAAUUCUUCUCAGGAUUCAGGCCUUGAUACACUCAGAGGUGUCUCAUACAACAUUCCAUAUAUAGGUCCCACACAUUCAGCCGAAGGAGUUGCUUCGAAUAUCCAAACAUCAACCAAGCAGGAAAACGAUUCCAUGGCUUCCCAAAAAACAAUGGCCAAGGGAAUUUCACCUAGGCCUGCUGAUACUAAGCCGGAGAAUCCGGCCAAAAAGCAUAAACUUGGGAACUACUGCAGCCUUAAAGGUGAUGUAAUGGAGAUCCUGAGGCGGAUGCCAAGUGUGACUACUACUGGAGAUGGCCCCAAUGGGAAGAGGAUAGAAGGGUUUCUGUACAAGUAUAGGUCUGGUCAAGUGUGUAUUGUUUGUGUCUGCCAUGGUAAUUUCCUCACUCCAGCUGAGUUUGUCAUGCAUGCUGGGGGAAAGGAAGUAGCCAAUCCAAUGAAGCAUAUCACUGUUUUAUCUAACUCAUUUUAGAGGCAAUGUGAAUGGAUUUAUAGUUCAUUCAUCUUGGAAUGUAAAGGGAAGUGGAAACAAUGAAACUAUCUUUGGUUAGUUUAGUUUCCAUGAAUUAAUAUUAUCCAUUGUUCAAGUGGCCUGUGUGAAAGGAAAUUUUCAUCUGAGGUUGUGUUCUUUAGUAUUUAAUACAAGGUAAAAA